AUGGAAGCCACCAAGAAGGUGGGAGGCCCUGAUCCAUCGGGCCCCCAGGGCCACUACUUGGCCAGCAGCCAGCAGCUGGGGGGUGGCCUCACAGGGUCCCAGGGACCAUUGAUAAAUUCAGGAUCCUUGUACCUCAAGCAGGGGUUGUCAUUGUCCGAGGCCAUCAUCGAUGGGGCCUAUGACCCAGCCUCCCAGGCCCACAUGCCUGAACCCAUUCAACAGCUACUCCAGGAUCCUGCUCAGGUUAGCUCCCAACACGGCUGUGAGUGGGCCUCCCAGAAUGCCCGAAGACUCACCUCCACUAGCCAGUUUCCAAGCCCCAUUGUGGGAGCCCAACAGCGUCUCAUCAUGAAGAAUGUGACCCUGACCCUGCCACAGUGCAAGCACAGUGACAGCAUCAGUGACAUAGCCCAGCAUGGACCCUGCUGCCCCCAGCUUCAGGUACAGAUUAGGGGGAAGAGCAAGGCUCCAGCUAAAGUCCUGGUAGGCUGGGGCAAAGGCCCCUGCAGCCCCAACCAGAUGACCUCCUUGGGUUCCAGGAAGAUUCGGUGGCUAACCCACUUCCUCUCAGGAGAGAAUGGUGUAGCUGAAUCCCAAGGUCCUCUUCUAGCUCCAGUUCAGGCCCAAGGUCAGGGCCAGGACAAGUGCCCAUGUCCAGCUAAGGCUCCUGCCCUAGCUACAAUUUCUUCUUUUCUGUCACCGGCUCCUCCAACUCGAGCUCAGGAUACUUCUCCAGCUCUGGAUGCAACCCUAACACCUGCUGCAGUUGAACCUCACACCUGCACCCUUGACUGCCUGACUGACACCACUGCAGUUACCAAGGGCCUAUCUCAAGACCUCCUCCUCAGGAGGUAUGGCAACCAAUGGUCAAUCCUCCUGGAGUCUUCUAAAAUGGUCACAUCCUGCCAGGACAAAAUGAAUUCCAGCUCUAAAGAGGAGCCUCCCAACCCAGUGCCUACUCCAGAAAAGUCCCCACGCCAUGCCCAGGAGAAUGAGGUUGCCAGAAGGCAGAUGCUACCAGAGCAGCCCGAGAACCCAGCAGAGAAACCCCCUUUCUACACCUCCAUGCCAAGUAGCCCAACACUAGGCCUAGAGGCCCCAGGUACUCCCAAGUCCCAAAGGAGUAACCCAGAGGAAAUCUAUAGCUCUCAGCCAGACAAGCAGCCCCUAAAUGUCUGCAACACUACCUGCUCCAAUGUACCACUGUCUGCCUACCAAGUAACCUGCCACAAGCUGUCACCAUUCCAGUCUCCCUGGGAUGCCAUGCAGAUCACCUCCUCCAGUGCCCCUACCUGCCACCUCCGGGAAGACAGAGAAGACCACGUGCUGGUGUUUGACAUGGCCACAUGCAACACCAGGAUGGGGCUGUUGUGCCAUGACCCUAAGGGCUCACGGGCAGAGCUGGUGGGCUUAAUGCCCAGCCACCCAUCUAUCUAUGUCCCUGAAAAUAUGCUGUCCACCCAGCCUUUGGCCAAGCCCAUUCUCUCCCCUGACAGUGAUUACUCCAGCUUCUGGUCCACCACACCCAUGCUGUCCAGCCCUAUGCCCUCCAGCCUUUCAUCUGGCAGCCACCGAGAGGUAGCCCUGGUACCCAAGGAGAGCAGGCUCAACCUAGAGUCACAGGACUCCCCUGUUACUGAGACACCCAUAAGCGUUGGAGUGCUCACUGGGCCUGUUCCACUCGGGAUGCCCCUCCAAUUUGGUGAGAGGAUACUGACCCAUGUCCCUGGUCCCAGCUGGUCCAAACCUGAUGCUGAAAAAAAUGAAACUAGUCACACCAUCUGGAUGCUGGACUCCUCCAGGAUGCCAGAUACUUCCACAGUCCAGACCAAGAAACUGCAGUGGAUAAACUCAGAGCCUGUUUCACCAGCCAAUACCCAGCAGGUGCCCAGAUCCCUGCUUCAGGAGGACAUAGGCAGACACAACUGGAAAGAGGUCAUUACUACUCACUCUGAUAACCCUUCGGUUGAAGAUACUAGCAAGGCCCCCCUCGCUGGUCAGACCUUCCUUAUGGAUCUGCCCCCUCUCAAUGGGCAGACCCCUCUUACCAGGCAGAUUUCCCUCAGUGGGCAGUCACCCCUCACUGGGAAGCCCCACUUUUCCAAAGAACCUCCCAUCACCAAAGAGCCCACCCUCUCAAGAGGCCCCCCUACCAUCAAAGAGCUUUGCCAAGCCUCUACCCAGGAAGGUGAAUCUUUGGGCCUGCCUUCCAAUGUGGGGGUACUUCGGGUACCCCUGGUUCCCAAGGAAACCUGUAUGUAUAUGAGUAGAGACAAGGUCAGCAUCAGUAGUGCUCAAAGCGCCAGCUUGCAUCAGCUCUCAUCCUGGCAACUUGGCAGCUCCCCCAGAGCCCAGGAGGAGCAGUUUUCCUUGAUCACAUUUACCACACCUAGCACUGGCUGCAAGGUCUUGCCCAGGGCCACGGGGAGUACUGAGCCCCAGAACGCUCGGUUCAAGCUGAAAGCCGAGGACAUAACACACUCCUCAGUGGUUGCGCACCGCGGAGCCUGCUGUGAGUUGAUGUCCACCGCGGAUGCUCUGCCAGUGCCGCCACCAGUGCUCUGUCGCUACUCACUGGGCCCCUACCAGGACAUGGCAGCAGUGGUGAUUGAUACAGGAACAGGAUUCACCAAAUGUGGACUGGCUGGAGAGGACCAUGUCCUCAGUGUGGUACCCUCACAAGUCCAGCUGCUACAGCACCCAGCCCAGGACCAGCCUCCGUAUGCAGUGCCUGAAAGUCGAGAGGGCUCUUACUCUGUGCUGAACCGAGGUGUGGUCUCCGACUGGGAUGCACUAGAAGUGCUGUGGCAGCACCUGUUCUACUGUAGGCUGGGCGUGAAGACUGAGGACCUGGCUGUGCUAGUGGCCGACUCACCCAUCUCACCGCGCACCAACAGAGAAAAGGUGGCUGAAAUACUCUUUGAACAUUUUCAUGUGCCAGCCAUGCAGACAGUGCACCAGGCCCUGCUGGCGCUCUAUGCUUAUGGGCGUACCACUGGGCUGGUGCUAGGCAGUGGCCAUGGCACCUCCUAUGUGGCGCCCAUCCUCACUGGUAACCUGGCCCCACUUGACACCUACCGGCUGGAUGUGGCCGGUGCUGACCUCACCAAACACCUGGCUCAGCUGCUGCAGGCAAGUGGCCACUCACUGCCCAAGGUAGGGCUGGUCAACCAGAUUAAAGAGGCCUGUUGCUAUGUGGCCAUGGACAUGGCAGCCGAGAUGGCCCACACCCAGGCCAAGGCCCAGGUGGACUUUGUGCUCCCAGAUAAGCAGGUUAUCACACUGGGCUCUGAGCGCUUCUGCUGCCCUGAGGCCCUCUUCCAGCCCACUCUGCUAGGUGUCAACCAACCAGGCCUCUCACAGCUGGCCCUCUUAAGCAUCAGCCGGCUCGAGGCUAAGCAACAAGAGCAGCUGCUGGCCAAUGUAGUGCUGGAUGGUGGCAGCACCCUGGUGAGUGGCUUCCCUGAGCGCCUGAGACAGGAGCUAGGCUCUGGUGCCACUGUGCUGGGUUCUCCCCACCGUGCAGUUGCUGCCUGGCUUGGGGGCUCCAUCAUGGCAUCCCGGGACUCCUUCCAGAGCCUGUGGCUCAGCCGCCAUGAGUAUGAGGAGGAGGGCCCAUGGGCUAUCUAUAAGUACCAGCUGUGA